AAAAUUUAUACAUAAUAAAUAUAAUUUUCCUUCAUCCAUCAUACCGCCAAUUACGCUAAUCUUUUUUGUCAAAACCGAGUUAGAACUUGAACGUGUUAGUCGCUUUCAUCUUCACUUCAUUAAAUUGAAAAUAUCCUGUCUCUCAAUAAUUUUUAACGAAAGAAAGUUGUUAUUGAAAUUAUUGGCAAGUGCUUGAUUACAGAACUAAUUGAUUCUUUUGAUUUUCUCCCCUUGUGAAAAGAUAUCAUUGAUAACAAUAUUGUGAUUUACUUUAAUUCAAUACUUAUCAAAUAAUCCUCCGAUUGAUAAGAAAGUCUCUAUAUUAACAUGAGAUGAUCAGUACAUCAUCGUUAAAAAGGUUCUCGCAAGAAAACAAAGUGGAUUUUUUAUAUUUCUCGUGGAUGACUAAACUAUUGUUACGGUUUGUGGCAUAAUAGAACAACGAUACAAUUGUAGCCAUUGUUGAAUAUCAUCGGGAAUAGUAAAUUUCAAAACAAAAUCGAAAUUAUUCUCCUUAGCAACGUUUGCGAACGGCUCGCCGUAUAUACAUCUUCAGAGAAGACAGACUAUUUAUUUCUACUAUGAAUUUCAUCAUGCUGCUAGUGUGGGUGUAAAUAUAGGUGCAGUUUACAAAGAUAUUCACAGGCACUCAUAUCAUCUUUACACCCACACCCACAUGAUAAUGCAUUUACAAAGAAUCUGAGUUUUUUGAGAUAGAAUUAUUUAAUAAAUUCCAUUUUUUAGUAUGUUUUGCUCGAUUAAAUGACAAAUCCGUUUUGAGCCUAUAGUAUGUUUUUAUUUUUGUAUCUAUUUUCUACCACUAGUGAGUUAGGAUAAUCAUUUUAUUAAUAUCCAAAAAUCUCGAUGAAGUCAGACUAAAAUUAUUUUGAAUUAUGUUUGUUCAUAAAUUUAAUAUUUCGAUAUAAUUAGGAAUUAGCAUCGAAUGCUAAACAAAACGAAGUAUUGAGUUUAUUAAAACUUCAGUUUCUAUUUUUUCUUGGAUUCCCAUAAAAAAUACAUCACUUUAUACCCCUUUCGAAAGCGAUAGUCUUUAUCUGGUUAAUUUUUAUUUCGAGUUUGUCCUAGUCCAAACAGAGAUUUUCGAAAAAAGGGUGAAAUACGAGGCAUGGAUAUAAAUGUAGGCACGAGCGUGAGUCUUCUCAGCUACACCCACUUGUUAGGCUUUCUUUUUUCUUGUCUUCCAGAUAAUAUCUCAUUGAUUUAUAAUACAUCAAAUAAGUACUUUUCUUUAUUCGAAAAUUAGAGCUGUAUUAAUAUAUCGUCUAGCUAGUUGGCUAUCAAAUUCUCGUUCAUCAUAAUGAACAACGUGUUCUUCUUCAUCCUGUUCAAAUACUUUAUGAUGAACGUAUGAAAGACAUUUCUGUUAUGGAAAUUCCAUCAGAACAACAACGUGCUCGACAAUUAAUGUUAGCUACUGCUUUUAGUACUCUUCAUACGAAAAGCACAAGUGAAUAUAUUAAUAAACUAGUAAGAAAUAACUUCAGACGAAAAUUAAAAUAUAGACAGAAUGUCGUACGAGUCAUCUCAGCCGCGCCUGGAUGAGUGUGAUUAAUUUUUUCCCUCGGCGAUAGAGGAGACUUCAAAAGAUGUUUUUUUCUUUUUACGAGAUGAUAGUAAACAUUGAUUUGAACUAUCAUUAUUAGCUUUAAUAAUAAUAGUUUGCUUUUCUGAUUUUUGAAAGAACAUUCUCUGUAGUAGAUCCGCAGAUUAGUAAAAGCUAUUUAGUCUUUAUUUUGCCCAGUAGUAGCGGAGUAUCUGAUUCUAAUAACUUUCAAAUGAUUCACUCAUUCGUGAAGUCUUGAUCGCGAUAUUGAAUACUUUAGCCAAGUUUCGCCUAAUGGACCCCAGCAUUUUCAAUAAAUCCAUCGUUUUAAUUUUUUGAUCUGCAAUUUUUAUCAGAUCAAGAUAUCAACUAUAUGCUGUGGUUGGGCAAGCGCCUGGAUCUACAGAUGCAGAGAAAGUCCACCUAUACCUCAAAAGAGCCAAUCAUUCGGCUAUCGUCAAGAGCAGGGGGUGUAAUGCGACUGUGCGUCUUCACUUCACGCACAUUCACCAAUUCAUCUCAAAUGUAGUCUUGUGGCAUGUUUUCUCUGUGAUCAUCAUUCUGUGCAAGACACACACACAUACACAUAAAAUUAGCAGUGUCGAUUUGAAAGGGCAACACGUAGUCAGAAUACGACCACUAAAAAUCAAUGCUGCUUUUUCUGCCUAUUUCAUUUUUCACUCAAUUGAAACCUUCUAAAUGAAGUUAAAGUAAAUACAACAGCCACUCUCACUUCUUCAGUGAGAGAACGACACUUACUUUUUCUUUUUUAUCUCAAUUCUCUACAGCAGUCUUUGUAUGGCAGGUAGAAAAAGAAAUUUAUUAUUACCGAAGUUGCUUGUCUUUUUUUUAGAAUGUUAAUAGGGCAAUAAAAAUGCUUUGGUGACGGAGUCUUUUUUUUAUUUCGAAUGAAUUGAUGUCCCAAGCAGACAAGAAUUUUGAAAAAACGCGUUUAAAUGUACUAAUGGCAGUUCCUAUUUCAGCGUUUUCACUCUCUUUCAGAUAUCAUCAAAAGUUGCGUGAGAACACUUACUUUCCGAUAACUCAUAUGAUUCGAGAAAUUCAUUUUAAUGGUCUCGCUGUUAGAUUGAAACCAUCACACUUCAAAUAUAUUUUGUUCUUUUUCAUUUUCACAUUGUUUCUAACGAGUAGGCAGGAAAAGAUGAAAUAACCAAGCUAAUCACUAAAGGUAUCGGUAUUUGAGAACGAAAUGGCUUUUUCCUCGAGUUUAACAGAAGAAGUUCUAAAGGAUCAUCCAUGGUCGAUCGAUUUCUGUAUUUGCCAACCUAAACUCAGUGAUCACAGAGGUAUUCGAUCUGCCUCGUCCAAAUAGCAGAAAAGAAUGGGAAUAUCCAUAUAUAUGGAUAUUUACGUGACAUCGUAAAGAUUAAAGAGACUGUAGUACAUUGGAUGUCUUACAAAAAUGAAUAAAUUUGACUUAGCAUCUGAUGACUUUGUUAUCUGUUAAAGAUCUUUUCACCAGCAUGCAUUACAAGUAUCGGAAUGUUGAACUUGAAAAGCUCUUCGUUAACUUAAAUGACAAAACAACAUUGAAUUGGCAUUCCAAGUUACCUCAUCAAGAUAUGGAGAUUAUAGAGAAACUAUUGGAAAAGAAUAAGGUGAGUAAUAUUAUGUUGAUUAUAAGUUUGGUACGUUGAAUUCAAAGUUGCUCAAUAUCGAUUCAACUUUGUAUUCAAUAUGGAUUUAGGUGUGCAUCGCCACUUCAUAUUGUCACCUAUCAAACCAAUCCCAUAAUCAGACAUAUUCUUUACAAGUUACGUGUUUUUAGCAAGAAGCUAGACAAAUGGAAAAGAUAACUGGACAUGUAACGAAGAGGAGUUUCACAAAACCAUUUUUUUUCAUAUAUUUACAAGUCGAUUUUUUUUGUUUAUAAAGACAAACUAAUCUCUAAUACGCCAUUUGAUCUUUCAUAUUAUUCGUAACAUUCUAUUUUUGAUUUCAAAUGAUAACUCAGUACAGUGAAUAAAUAAUUCAUUUCACCGUAUAUUGAUAUAUGCCGAAUCAUCGAGAUCCUAUUAAUUAUAUGUGAUCGCAAAUCCUGAUGUAUUAUUUUUUGCGAUUUUAUGUUCGAAAGAACGGGCGGCGUUAAGACCACUUUUCUCAUCAGCAUACUUUCACAAAAAUAAAUAUAUUAGAAUAACAAGUUUGAUAUGGUCCGCAUAUCUAGCAUGGCCAUUUUCUUCAAAAUGACAAUGGG